GCAGGCCAGGACGAGAAAAGCCGAGUUCUGGAGUCGUUAUUCAAGAACACUACAUAAACCCCUUGACCCAUUCUUAGAAACAUAAUUUGCAAGGUUCGCAUCUGCAGAAGCCCAGAAAGCGUUUUCGUUUACCGAUUCCUCCAUUUCGUCUUCGUGGCUACCACUCCAAAACUCAAAGUACCUCACUCUAACCCUCUAACAAUGGCUUUCGAUCCAACUUCCUACAAGCUGCUCAGCUUUGAUAUCUACGGCACUCUCAUAGACUGGGAGACCGGAAUCUACACCUCCCUCCUCCCCCUCCUUUCUCGUCUCCCACCAUCCUCCCCUCACUACCCCUCAACCAACACUGCCCCUCAAAUACGCCAUUUCCUACUCACAGAAUACGCCAAGUUGGAGCAGUCCAUCCAAAAAGCCGAACCUACCCUCACCUACCCCAACAUCCUCACAAAAAUCUACAUCCAGCUCGCCGCCUCCCUCUCGAUCCCCAUCACUGAAGAAGAAGCUCACUCCUUCGGGAUGACCAUCGGCACCUGGCCGCCAUUCCCUGACACCGUUGCCGCUAUGCAAUCUCUAGCAAAACACUACAAGCUCGUCGUUCUCUCCAACGUCGACAAGGCCUCAUUCUCGCGUACGCUUUCCGGUCCUUUGUCAGGCGUGAAGUUCGAUGCAAUCUACACGGCAGAAGACAUUGGGUCCUACAAACCUGAUCUCCAGAACUUUGCUUAUUUGGCAGAUCAUGCGGAAAAGGAGUUUUGGGUGAGCAAGGGGGAGAUCUUGAAGGUUGCGCAGAGUCUGUACCAUGAUCAUGUGCCGGCAAAAAGGUUUGGACUGAGGCCGAGUGUUUGGAUUCGGAGGAUGCCCGGGGGAGAGGAAGCGUUGAUGGGGAGUCGUUUGGAGGAUGUGGAGGGGCAAGUGGACUUGGCGGCUACGUUUGGGAGUUUAGGGGAAUUUGCGAAGGCGGUUGAGAAGGCUUUUGGGGAGGCCUGAUGAUCCGAGAUUGAGGCCUGGAAAUGGUCGGGGAGGUUGGAGUUAAAAGGAUCAUGUCGAUGAAAAGCUGGUGCUUCUCGUAGUGUGUCUAUUAUAUCUAUAUUUAUCUAAUCAUUAUUGCCAAAAAGAUUCAACAGUGAUAUGUUCGCCU